GUAAAGCGCUAUAUAAAUACAGGCCAUUUACCAUUUACCAUUUAAACUAACAUAUGUAACCAUACUCUAUUAAUAGUUGUGGCUAUUAUAGACCACAAUAUGUGUUGAAUCACUAUGCAAUUUGGUGGGAUGUAUGUAAUUUUAGCUGGGAAAAAUAUAUUUUAAAUGAAAAUACUGGGCUAAAGAAAGAAAACUUCCAAUGAGCUUCAGAGUCAUUAAUUGGCCACCUUCGUUCUUCAACACAGUGUGAACUCUGAGGCAAGCUUUCUUGUAGUUUCUUUAAGUAGUCUUCAGACAUAGUUCUACAGGCCACAGUCUAUCAAAAUCUGACACUGUUUUUCUAAGUGCAUACAUCCAUUACCUUUGUGACAUUUUUCUGUUCUCCACUUGUCCAGUUUCCUCAAAGUUCAAGGUUUAGUACGUACAGUACUGAGAUGUGCUAAUUUUUUGGCUAAUAGAGCUUUGAGGAUCACCUUCUUGGUGCAUAGAUACUAUUUUAUAUCUGUCAAAUUGGUAUCUUUGGGACUUUUUGUAGAUUAAAAUAGAAUCUUAGUUGUUACUAAGAGCUUUAAAUAGGCUCUUAGUAACAACGUGUCUCAACAUAAACUUAAAAUUAUUUCUUUGCUAAGUUGUCAUGUUACAUAUAGACAUGACACUGGUUCAUCCCUUGAGUUUACAGCAUUUUUAUAUGCGUGAAUGUUACAUAGGUCAGUUGUAAGCAGUUCACCUAGCAAAAAACACUCUGAAAAUGGGUGCAAGGCAGAGAAAAGGAAAAAUGAGUUGCUCGAGAUCACUUUAACAGUUUUCAAUUUGACUUUAUGGAAGCAAACAUAAAGAAAUGAAGGGCGAAUCGAGAUUUUUGCACAGUAUCAUAAAUGAUGUGAUUUAAUUAUUUGCAUGUUUAAGGUUACAUUUUCUCGCUGCACCAUGUUGUGGUACAAACUGGUAUUACACUGAAGUACAGCCAGGCCCAACUUUAGUACAGAUCUCUUCAACACAGUACAUAGAUGUUUAGAGAGAGAGAGAGAAGUCACAGUGGAUGUUUUUUCACAUUCUGCUCACAGCUAAAGUUCAAACAUAAAUGAGGCCGUUUAAACUGUUAUAAACUAAACAGAGGAAAGCCACUAUGUCACUGACUGAAGCGAAACAAAACUUCAAGUGGAAUAAAAACUGAUUUAAAAAUGCAGAUGUGUUAAACAGUGUGGGUUAAUGGUUUUGAAUUGUGUUGAAUUGUGAAUUGUUCCGGUCUCAUUGAGCCUGUCAUGUUUCCUGUUGGGGCCCCUCCCUUUGGCACGCUGCUGUUUGCGGCCACAUUUAUAGCCGUCUUCGGGAUUUGUUUGUGCUCUGAGACGCCCUGUUUCUUCACCGCAGACGCAGGCAGCUGAUGAUGAUGAUGACCCUCUGGGUAGUAUUUAAAGCCCAGGGAAAGCGGAAGCCUGGCCUGACUGUUAUCUGUUGAGAACUGCUAGCUGGUGUAGCCCUACACUGAGCAGCCUUCAUCGUUAGCCGCCUGUGCUGUUCACUCAUACAUAGUUAUUAAACAUGAAUAGAGAAGGAAAUGCGAGCUUUUUCGGACAACAGGACUAAAACAUCACCAAGAAGAAAGAGAAGAAGAAGAAGUCACGGAGCGACUGGAGAAAAACAGGAGCAGUUUGUGCCUGGCACUCCCCCAGCCUCCCCUCACCUCCAACCCUUCACACCCUCCAGUCCAUCCGUGCUGCCAGCGAAUGGACCCUGUAACAAUGACGACCGGCGGGUGCUGCCACCUCCCCGGCUCUCUGUGUGACUGUGCCAGCAACACAGGCCUGUGGAAGAGCGUGGAGGAAGCGGGCGGUGACGGGUGCCAGGCGCUCUACGUCACCCAGGUCACAGCCAUAGAUGGACGGUUGCUGUCCUCUGUGCUCAAACCAAUGAGUGCACAAAGUGAUGGUCCCAUUUGCCGUAUUUGCCACGAAGGAGGCAGCAGCGAGGGUCUCCUGUCUCCAUGUGACUGCACAGGCACUUUGGGUACAGUGCACAAGAGCUGCUUAGAGAAGUGGCUGUCGUCCUCCAACACCAGCUAUUGUGAGCUUUGCCACACAGAGUUCAGCAUCGAGCGCCGACCGAGGCCCCUCACAGAGUGGCUGCGAGAUCCCGGCCCCCGUAAUGAGAAGAGAACACUGUUCUGUGACAUGGUGUGCUUCCUGUUUAUCACUCCUCUAGCAGCUAUUUCUGGCUGGCUUUGCCUGAGGGGCGCUCAGGAUCAUCUUCAGCUGAGGAGCUGGCUGCAGGCUGUGGGCCUCAUUGCCCUCACCAUUGCCCUCUUCACCAUCUACGUCCUUUGGACUUUGGUAUCAUUCCGCUACCAUUGUCAGCUGUACUCUGAGUGGAGGAGAACGAACCAGAAAGUACGUCUGCUCAUCCCCGAAGCCAAGGAGUCGAACUCUUCCCAGCAUUCCUUGCUCUCUAAUAAACUGAUGAAAAAAUCGGCCAGUGAGAGCAUCGUAUGAGACCAAACGGAGAUAGUCGGUGAUUAUUACAUCUUUUACGUAUGAGGGCUGAUUCCCGAUGCAUCCUGCCCACAGUUUUGACUUUGAAGAAACACCUGUGGGGAUUUUUUUUUUUGUGUGUGUCGCUUUUUUUUUUCUUUGCACCAUGGGCUCAUAUUUUUUCACAUAUCAUUUUGUAAUCCUCACAUGGGUGCAGGAAGUAGCACAUUUUAAAGGAAUCUGCCUGUCCUCGUGUCAGGUGUUGACCAAGUUUAUGCAAAGGCACUGAGGAACGGUGAAGGUGGUGGAAGCAUGCAGAAAUGGAGCCGAGCUGUCUCAUCAUCACAGAUGUGACAACAUGACUGGCUAAAACUGACAGCAUGAAACAAGAUGGAUUGAGUAAACUUGUUAAAGAGGACUGUGAAAUUGAAUGAUUGCAUCGAUGGUCAGGUAUAGCACGUCUACUCGUUGUGUAUUGCGAUGAUAAAAGCAACUGCUACAUACGCCUUUUAAUCGUGUGUUACGUGGGCACGCACUUACCUACUUGGGGCUUCUCUUCUCUGCCCACUGAGGAUCUCAUUGUAUAAUCACAUAUUAGUCUGUAGUGUGAAGAUAAAAAGCUUUGAUCUUUAAUUUUUAUUUCAUAGCCACAUCUGGAUAUGUCAUCUGAGUGGAAUCUUUUAACUCACAGCUUUUACAUCAUCUCCUCCGAGACCAGGCGGCUGCAUAACAUUCGUAAAGCAGAGACUUGUGCAAUAAAACACUGUGGACAUCGAGGUUUUCGCAGUACACGAAGACAGUUCUACCAACGUGCACAGUUAUGCAUGCAAGCAGCACUGUUAAUAUUUUUUUUUACUCUUACUGUAUUCUAAAAUCAUUUUUUUAAACCACUUAAGAACGAAUGACUUUCCUAUUCCUACUGAAGUAGGGUUUAACAGUGUCCUCAUAGAGGUUCUUGUACUAUCAAUAUGUAACAAGUAGGUAUUUAUAUUUAUAUAGAUGGAUAGAAACUCCAUCACGAGUAUUGUUGUGGUGGCUGGGGCAGUGUACUAAAGCGUUAUCGGUGUUGCUUGUUAUUCAUUUUUGGCGUUUUUUUUUUUUGC